CGCCGCCUUACCGACUAUACGAGGUGCCCAGUACCGCGCGCGUCGCACCUACGUCCACGACGAUGAUUGCUUAAGUGCCAAGACUGCUGCAACUGCGAACAGAACACAGGUACCUAUCUAAAUCACCUAUAAUUACCGUAAUAAAUCGGUGUGUUUUGACGAUGCGGUUUGCUCCAUAAUAAUUAUUUGCCACUUGGUAACAAUAUCGUCAAAAUGUUUUGUUUGCCGCACAAUGUUUUACCAACGGACAACCAGUAAUCGAAGACAGUAAACGUGAUUAUUAAUUAUUGGUUGCUGAUUGUCGACAAGUCCAUCCAGUUAUCACACAGUUUAUUGCUGUAACCGAUGUCACUAAAACAAUUUGUUCAUUAAACUAGUUGCUAAGUUUCUCAAAACUGCAUCGUCAAAACACGCCUAUUAACCCACAAUGUAUCCGUAUGCCUUACUUUUAAUAUAAUAUUAUUAAUAUCGUGGUUAUUAGAUUAUAAUCUUGAAGCCAGCGGCACAUUUCAAACAUUUCAGAAAUUUAAUAAUUCGAUAGUCGAUACGACAAAUCAUUCCGCAGACGAAAAUCCCUUGUCAAGCCUAGGGAAAAGAUAUUAUGUAAUCGUUAAAAAAAAAAAAAAACCGCUAUCAUCGAUGUGACCGCCAACGAAUUACGAGCCUGUAAUUAUUAUUAUUUUAUGAGUAGGCAAUCCGCAUGAAUAACACAUCACUACUAGAAGCGGGUAGAUUACCUAAUAAUGUAAUAUACGAAUAAAUUAACACGUUGUCUUCGGUUUAUCGUGUCGGAAAUCGUGGAAAUGGGGGGAGGUAAAAGCAAAACAAAUAAACCCCACUGCUAUAAACAUAAACGCGUUCUCGCGGGACACCUGUUACUCUUCUUAGUUUAUUAUUAUAAAUGCAGAGUACACAGUGGGUUUCUUUUAAAGGAGUGUCGAAUCUAAUUUAACUUUAUGGGAGGGUAAAUAAAGGCCCACUCAAGAGCCAAGGAGUGUAAGGAAGACUAUAUUAGGGCUCAAGUACCUCGAAUGAUUUUUAUAUGUAUUUUUUUAAUAUCCCAGUGUCGUGACUAAAAUUAAUUUGUUUUAAUUAUUAAUUGUAUUUUUUUUGGAACUGCUAUCAUCCCUACCCCUACCCCAAAAUUUGUUUUGAUCUCAAAAAUUACUUGAGAUACAGUAAUCUAAAUUUGGUUACAAUUAUAAUUUUUAUAACAAUUUAUCAAUUUAUAAACAUUUAAAUCGCAUAAUAAAACGCAUAUGUUAUUUUAUGAUCAUAUAUAGAAAUAAUUUUUUUACCAUAAAACAUAAGUUAAAUUGGUUCACUUUAAAAGUCACGUAUUUUAUAUUUAUUAAAAAAAUCGCUUUAAAAGAACCAUGUUUUUCAACCAACUUUAAAUCUAAUUUUUAAGAUAAAACAAUUGUUAUUAUUUAAAAUUGCUCGAAAAAAAAAAAACUAAUUGGACUAUUCGAUUUUAAUGUCAAAAAUAGGUAUAACUGUUCAAAAAAAGGCAUUUGUAUUGCGCAUGCAAGCACCGAAAAGUUUGACAAUGUGACAUUCAUCCUAAAAUGUGUAUUUCAGUAUUCCCUAGCUUUUUCCGAAAAUCCUGUUUCAAUCCGAGGUCGUAUAUCAAAUUAUCUCCUUCAAGCGGCUGGAAAAUUUGCGCGAAUCCCAUUUAAUAAUAGGCGCAGUACCUAAUAAUGAUACAUUUAAACAUAAAUAUAAUACGUAAUAUAAUAUGACGAUUAGCCGUAUACCACUAAUAUUAAAACCAACACACCCAAGUGUUUGGUAAUAAUACAUAAUAUUACUAUUACCGGAUUCGUUCGAUGGCGACGUUCGGAAUCGACCGACUUUCGACAUAUCGCAUUAUAAUUUUUUUUUUUCAUACUUAAUAAUAUUAUUAUAUACAGGCAUCCGUCUCCGUGCUUUACGAAAAACCGAAUAAAAUGGACACAUGAGUGUCGUUGCGACAUAAUAUAUUAUAAUAAUAUUAUCACUACCUAAUAUCUAUUUAUUAUGGUAUGCACUACAAUAUGCCACGCGAUUUGCAUUUGAAUCGGCGUCCGAGAUUUGGUUAUAAAUUGUAAUGAUUAGGAUGUAUUUCGUAUACUCGUAUACAUUGGUAAAUAAAUAAAAAAUAUUAAUUUUUAGACGUAUAUUUUCGAAAUGAUAAUUCAAUUAUUUUUUAUUAUUUUAUAAUAUACAAUAAACUAAGAAAAAAAAACAAAAUAAUAAUAAUAAUAAUUUUAAAAAAAAUAGCUGAUGCUGUCGAUGAGUGCACAUUGUUAUAGGUGGGAAGUUCACAUAAAGUUCUUAAAUUUAUAUCUGUAAGCAACGCUAAACGAUAUUUUAACUGAAUUACAUUAAAAUACCAAAUUCAAAAUAAUGAUGAGACCAUUAUUUCUGUGUACUUUCCCGUCUUUCUACGUUUUUUUUCCAGUUUAGAUCAAUUAUUAAGAAAACUACACAGAAAAUCAGAAAAAUUACUUACUUUCUCAGCAACUACAUCAAAAAUUCAAUAUAAACGUUUCUUGAAUUUUUUUUUUAUUAAGCAAUAUUUUUGGUAGAGAACAUAGCGCUUAAAAAUUAAAGAGAAGGAAAUAGGUAACACUAGGGUACGUACCUAUGAAGGAUUAACGAAUAGUCUUAUUUGAGAAAAAUAAAUAUUAAAUUCCAAAAAUAUCAAAAUUAAUGUUAGCAAAUAGAUCAUAUUGAACUCCGAUUUUUAAUUAAUCUCUGUGUCAGAAAAAAAAAAUAUUACAAAAUAACAAAAAUUGAAUUUUUCAAACCUUUUAUAUAUUGUAUAGGAACAUGAAUUAUGAAAAUAGGAGUUCAAUGUCAUCCUCUUUCAAAUUAAAUAAAAAAUAUCAAAAUCUAACAAUUCUUCGAGGCGUAAGAUGCUUUUGUUCAAAACGUACGACGCGGGGCUUUAGACAGACUUAAUGUGGCGUUAUAUUUUGUCAGCGUUCCUUAUUUGUGACGAAUUUGUUCCUUAUUGAUAUAAGUUUUGUACAUUAAUUUUUGUAAACAAAAUAAUAUAGUUUAUCAUUUCAUACGUUAUUCGUAAAAUAUUGAUGAUAUUGUAAAACAAAUAUGAUAUACAAAUACGACGUAAAUCGUUUACAUUUUUAUAAUAAUAUUUAAAGUUAUCAUUAUCAAACGUUGAACUUUAUUUUCAUAGUUAUCUAUAUUUAUAAGUCAAUGUAUAUUUUAAUAUAAGAACAAUCAUAUAGGUAUAAAUCGCUACCAAUUCCAAAACAACAUGACCGGUAAAUUUCCAGUAAUUAGUAUGAUCGUCCAACAGUCGUAAAAAUCAGUGCUUAUAGAAUAAUUAAAUUAUUUUUUUUAAAAUAUAAAAACCUCUACAUAUUAACAAACAAUAAUAAUACAUAAUUUUAAAUCUGCAUUUUAAAUAUGUUUUAUGAUGUGUUCAUUUAUUUUAUUUUUUCGGUCUGUUAACAAGUUUUCGAACAGAAAUCUUUCUCCUACCACCAACAUCAGGAAUGGUUUUUGGUUUCUAUUUUGUCUAACUGAUAAAUUCGGAAGGCAAAUUUUAAUUAUCCUUGUACUUUCUAUUGGGGAAUAACUGAGAAAAAAAGUCAGAAAACGGAAAUAUUAACGGCUUUUGUUAAUUUUGAUUUUGUUUUUUGUUGUAAUUCGGAAAAAAAUAAUCAUAGCCCUCAAAUUUUCACCGAAUACUUAUUAAAUUAUCACUUUAUAGACGUGGUCAAAUGUUCAAUACACUCUGGGUUUUUUAGUAAUUUAUUGCUAUUUAAAUUUUUUUUUUUUUUUUGGUUUUGUUUAGAGAAAAUUAUAUAAUUAUUAACUUUGAUCAGCGUUUUAGGUUCAAAAUUUUUAAUUUACGUUAAAAUUUGUUAGUACACGAUCAAUUUUAAUCUUGUUUGUAUGGUUACAAAUAUAAAUAAAACGUUCGAUUUAAAUCGAUUGAACAAAUUUAACGUUUUAACGAAUCUGCGUUCAGAAUCGUUUUUCAUUGCAUACAUUAUAAAAACUAAAUUGCCCUGUAUAUCUUACCUUUCCAAUUUUCCACCUAUAAUGAAGGCCUAUUAACAAUAAGCAUCUGGUUCAGUGCAAGAUAACCUUAUCGCGGUAGGGCGAUUUUUAAAAUGCAUUUAACACAGACUCAUUUAUGCUAAAAACCAAGCUAGGUAAGAGUACAUUGGGAAGCGAUUACCUUUAUCGUCGCCCGCCUUGGAUCCGUCAUUGCUCACAAUGAAAUUAUCCCAUAUAUGAGGAACGUAGCGACAAUAUACACAAAAUACCCGCAAUUGACAGGCUUUUAAUCGUAAUUUAUUUUUUUUAGAUAGACUAAAAAUGACAUACAAUAUGACGGUCGCCGUGCAUUGGUUUAGGAACGGGCUAAGACUGCACGACAAUCCAGCUUUGAUCGAAGCUGUUAAUAAGGCCGACAAACUUAUCACGUUGUUCAUUUUCGAAGAAAAUAUGUACAGUAAGUAGUUAUACCUUAUGUGUACCCACAGUACCUAUGCACACCAUAUUCAUAAAAAAAACAUAAUAGUAUAUUAUUAUAAUUGAAGACCUUUACUGUUUUCGAAAAUGUAAUUUCGGAAUUAUGGUAUUUAAAGAUAAAAAAACGCUUUUUAGCGUUAUAAUAUAUAACUUAUAACUUAUACUAUAUAAAUAUAUAAAUUUUAAAGUACAUAUAAUUUAAUCGAGUUUUCUAUAAAAUCCAUUUACAAUAUCCAUCCAUUCCAUGAAAUUCGUUUAAAACGUGUAACUGCUAUUUAAGGUUCACGUAUUGCACACAAAUUAAUAGUUAUUUUAUGUUCGGUGUAGUUUUUAAAUUCUGAAUGGAGCGAGAAAUGUAUUGGUUUUACAAUGAUAUUUUUUAAAAAUUUUUUUUUUGAUGUGAACACUUUUUCUACCAGAAAGUUUACUCCGGUUAUCAAGUAUAGCAUCUUUUCUAAAAGGAAAAUAUGUUCUCUGGGUGGUACUUUAGAAAGGUCAUUUGCAUCCGAUGCUUUAGGUUAGAAAAUAUUAAAAAAUUAAAAAUAAGGUUGUCAUUGGCAACCGUUUUUAUUUAUUUUUUGUUAUUAUUAAGUUUUUAUUUUUGUAAUCUUUUUUAAACAAUCAUUAUUGUCAUGGAAACGCGCAUUGUAAUUAUUUUACCAUAAUAUGACAUAUAUAUUGUUGACAAAGGAGCAUAAUGAUAAUGAUCAACUGAACUCCUCUUAGAAUUAUUCAUUCGUUAGCAAUGGUUUACGUUGCUAACAGAUAUACAUUAAAUUCCCGUCGGUAUUCUACCUUUCCAACUUCCCACUUACAAUAGUGGCUGCGCUUACGUGCGAAGUAUGUCCGUGUUUUUUUUUUUUAAUGCAUACGUUACUACGAGUAUAUAGUGUAAAUAUAUACUUUUUUUGAAAUGGUCAUUAUACAAAAUCCUAUAAUAUUAAUAGGCUUAAAUUGAGUACUUGUUUUCAUUACCUGUUUGGAUAUCAACACUUAUAAUACAAGUAUAAUGUCCAAACUAGAAAUGAAGACUUUUUGUCAGUGUGUGAAACUUGUAAUUUGUAACUUAAAAUUCAUAACUUUGCGCAAAUCCCAUGAGACCAAUAAUCACUAAUGACUUCAAUGAACGAGGUCAAGUUAAAUUAGUAAAUAUACAGUCGUUAUACUUUUUAAUGAGAUUUGGAUUUUUAGAAUUUUUGUUCAGUAAAAAAUAAAAAAUAAAUGUUUUAAGAUUUUCAAUUAAUAAAAUGAUACGUACUUACUUACUUACAUAUUAUAAUUUCGGCAAUUUAUUUAAUUGACUUCGAAAACUGUGGUUACGUCAUGUUGUACGGAUGGGUAAUAAUAAUUAUUUUAUUUGGUCAGUAGGUACCUAUAUAGUUUGUAGUUCCAAGAUCAUUCGGUCCAAUAAUUAAUAAUAGUUUAUACAACUUACAGCCACUAUUAUAAUAAUAAUAUUUAACCUAAAAAAACAAUUAAAAUAAUUAUAUGAGUUUGCAGAUGCUCUAAGGGUAGUUUUAAACAUUAUUUUUUAAGAAGAAAGAGGAAGACCGAAAAAAAGAUGGUUAUACGGGUACUAUUGGAAAAGACUGGUGGAGACUGGUGUCAGGUGGAGAUUUAGGAAUUUAGAAUACUGACUAUUGAGGUGACUGAUAUUAAAUAUAGUUUAAAAAAGAGACAAAAAAGGAAAACAUUUGUUUCUUUCUGACCUUGAUUGACCAGAGGAAUAAACAAAUAACAGCGAUUCGAAUAUCGAAAAAUAUUUCUGAUUUUAUUUUAUUUUUUUCCAAAAACAUUAUUACCAUUAUUUGUCUUAUAUUAGAUCAUUCUCGAAACUAAAGAUUACCUAUAAUAAUAAAUAAUAUAAAGAUUUGUUUUAAUUAUCGAUUUAGCGUUUUUAUUUAACUCACCUCAUAGAAUGAUUGUUAAUUUAGAUUUCUGGUUCAAUUUCGAAUUUGAUUGAAUAAUUUUUACUUAUACUUUAAUAUUCAGCAAUAGCAAACUCGAAUAUUAAUUUUUGAUUUAAUUAAAUAUAACGAAAUAUAAUAAAUUAAUACCUUUAAAAACAUUAACAUACUUUAAUAUAAUUAUAUAUUUAUUAUUGUCUGUUUAGAUACGGAUGUGAUUGGAUAUCAUCCAAUGCGUUUUCUUUUGGAAAGUUUGGACGACUUAAACACCAGUUUGACUAAACUAGGUGGUUGUUUAUAUAUAUUGCAAGGGAAUCCUGUAAAAAUAUUCAAUAGAAUCAAAGAAGAAAUCGGUCUAAAUUUAAUUACUUACGAACAGGUAUAAUUUUGUGUGCCUAUUAUAUUAGACACCUUCUGAAGGCUAUAACAUUAACGUUUAACAUUUUAGGACUGCGCGCACAAUGGGAGAAUUCGUGAUGAAUUGGUCGUGCAAUAUUGUAAUGCAAACAACGUUCAGUACAUUGAAAAGGUUUCCCAUACAUUGUGGAACCCAAAGACGAUUAUCGACACAAAUGGUGGUGAACCUCCAUUGACUUUUAAAAAGUUUCAAGUAUAUAUUUAGUUUAAAUCGUUUACUUGGGGUAGUAAAUAAUAAUACGUGUUGAAAUUUUUAGACUUUAGCGCUCUCUAUUAAUAAACCACUGAAGCCAAUCAAUAAUGUGGACUGGUCGACUGUGAGUUUUGGAAAACUACCGGUUACAUUAUUAGAAGAGUUAAAGGUAAUAUUAUACAUUUUAUUACACUUUAUAAAAUAUGAUAAGACAAAUCUUUAAUCACGAAUUCAUGAUACAAAAACGUCGAAUCAACAAAUUUAAUGAUUCACGUUGUAAUUUUUGACAACAUUGUCCUGUAUUAUACUUUCUUGAUUACACAGGCCUUAGAUAAUCCAACCACACAAGAUUUUGGUAUCGUACCGGAGGCUCCUGAAAUCAAUAAUUCUUAUAACUGUUGGUAUGGCGGCGAGACCAAAGCUUUAGAAAAAUUGACUGAUCGACUCAACUUUGAAAAAGAAGCAUUUGUUAAUGGAUUUUACUUGCCUAACCAAAUAAACCCGAACCUCUUGGACCCAUCAUAUAGUCUUAGUGCUGCUUUACGCUAUGGAUGUCUAUCCAUAAGAAAGUAAUUAUUAUUUAUUCGAUUACAAUAAAUAUGGUACCUAGGUAUUAAUUUUUUAUUAUUUUGUUUAAACCGCGAUAUUGGUUCUUAGGCUUUAUUGGGAGCUUUCAAAACUGUUUAUCCAAAAUUUCGAAGGAGAUUUAUUACCGCAGUAUAGUGCCACUAGUCAAUUGAUUUGGCGGGAUCAUUUUUAUUCUAUGUCUUUUAACAAUGAAUACUUCGAUCAGAUGGAAGAUAACAUGGCAUGCUUGAAAAUACCAUGGAAUGAUAUAGAAACAGGAGAAAACAAACAGAUGUUGGAAUACUGGAAAACUGGUAAAACUGGAUAUCCUUUUAUUGAUGCCGGGAUGAGACAACUAUUACAGGUGACUCAAAAAUGUAGUAAUUUAUAUAUCGACUGUUGGUCAAAAGAAAAUAUUAUAGAUUUACUUUAUAAUCUUAUUUUAAACGGCUUACUCAAUGGGGUUUUCUAGGAAGGAUGGGUUCAUCAUGUAGUACGAAAUUCGUUGGCGUGUUUUUUGACGAGAGGUGAUCUUUGGAUUAGCUGGACCGAAGGAUUGAAACACUUUUUGAAAUAUUUGAUAGACGCCGAUUAUUCGGUUUGUUCUGGUAAUUGGAUAUGGGUAUCGAGCUCUACAUUUGAACAGAUAUUGGAUUGUCCUUUAUGCAUUUGUCCAGUUAGUUACGGGGUUAGACUUGAUCCUUCCGGCGAAUACAUAAGGUAACACAAUUUAAAAAGUAUUAACCAUUUAUUAAUUUUGUUUUUACUUUAUUAUUUUAUUAAAAAAUAUUAUAAUAAAAAUAAAUUUAAAAUAAUUACUACAGUAUCAUAAAUUCUUAUUAUUUUAUAGACGAUAUGUUCCUGAACUGAAAAAUAUGCCUGAUCAGUACUUAAAUCAACCAUGGAAAUGUCCGGAUUCGAUUCAAAAAGAGGUGGGAUGCAUUAUUGGCAAGGACUAUCCACAUCGUAUUGUCGAACAUACCGAAGUAGCACGAGAAAACAGAAAAGUAUAAAAAAACAAUAAUUAAUUACAUUAUAUCCAUAACUUUCAAAUGCAUUUCUCCGUACGUAUACUUGUAACUUGUCUGCUAUAAAAAUACAGAUUCUUAAAACAUAUUAUAUUAUAAAAAAUAUGUAUCUACCUAGCUAUAUUUUACACCAUUCAUGGAAUGUAUUCGGUCAAUUUAAUCAUUUAAACUUUACAUAGUUAUGUGAAAUAACUCCUUGGGAGAUAAUGUCCUUUAAAUGUAUUUAAAAAAUCCAAACCCGAUUUGAAUGGCAAAUUGGACAUAGGUAAGAAUCUAAAAACUAGAAAAUAAAAAAUUAUUUUAAUUUGUUUAAUCUUCAUCUAAUUAUUUUCUGAUAUUCAUAGCAAAAAGUAUCACUAGAAAAAUAUUAUACAAACUUCUUUUUUUAAUGUAGAAAACAAAAAGAGAAAAAUGUGAUUAAAAAAAUCUCCAAUGCACCAAAUAGACAAAAUUUGGUAACAGAAAUCACCUUAAAAUUUGAUCAUCAGAGCAUUAUAUCUGGUAGAAAAGCUGUUAAUAGACAGAAAAAAACAUGCACAUUAAAGUAAAACCAAUACAUUCUAUACUACAUUCAAGUCUAAAAAAUAUUUGUUCAAGUUAAUAUAACAUCGCAGUUUUAAAUAAUUCGUAAAAGAUCUAUUUUACAAUUUAUUUAAUAAUAUUUUAUAUGCAAUUAUGGUAUCUUCUUUAAAAUGUAUUAAAAUUUGAUAAUUUAGUUAGUUCACUACAUUUUAGAUGUUUAUAUAUCUAUUAUAAUUUAUAUUAUAAAAAUUUUUGUGAGCAAAAAUAACCCCGGAUCUCUAAAUAAGUUUCUCUCAGUGUGGCUCAGUAACUAUUUGGUAAACUGAAUAGAUUUAAAAAUAUAUACGUAAUAUUAUUUUGAGAAAUUUAUUAGGUCGUGAACAAAAAAUAAAAAUUAAUUUUUGAUUUAUUUUGUACAAUAAUGAAAAUUAAAUGUGAUUGUCUACUAAAUAUAACUAUGAUAUUUAAUUGCAUUUUAGAAAAUGCAAUCAUUACGAAUUUCACUGAUGAACAGUUCUAUGGUACCACAUUGUCGUCCAUCAGAUCAGACAGAAGUCAAACAAUUUAUGCAUUUACCCGAAGAAUGCAUGGAUCAAUUGUUUUUAAAUGAUAAUUUAACUACAUAUGAACAUUUACAUAUUCAUUAAAUUACCAAACUACUAUUAAGAAUAAUUCCCUUGUUUCCUAUAAGGUACCUGAUUCCAUUUUUUUUUUUUUCGUA